CACCUCUCUCCUCGGCCAGCAGGGGCGCAGCCAUUUUAAUUCAUAUCUGAGUGGGCGGUGGCGAUUCGUGUUGGCGGUCUGGCUCCGCUGGGCUGGGGGUAACUUUACUGGCUUGGGUGGCUUUUAGUUUAAUUUUUCUUUUCUAGCUUCGCAUCGCGGGCCAGUUCUCACUCUCUAAUCAGCUGAGGCCAUGUCAGGAGACGGAGCCCCGGAGCAGGCAGCUGAGUAUGUCCCAGAGAAGGUGAAGAAAGCUGAAAAGAAAUUAGAAGAGAAUCCAUAUGACCUUGACGCUUGGAGCAUUCUCAUUCGAGAGGCACAGGUUUAGUGAUAUAGGAUUACAUUUCCUUCUCUAUGGGUCCAAUCACACUACUUGGUUCUGCAGUAAAUAAUAUUUUCAUAAUCCUAACAUUGUAAAUGCUGUUUAUUGGUUUUCAAUUUUAGAAUCAACCUAUAGACAAAGCACGGAAGACUUAUGAACGCCUUGUUGCCCAGUUCCCCAGUUCUGGCAGAUUCUGGAAACUAUACAUUGAAGCAGAGAAUCCACAGCAGUUCCAACAAAAUUGUGAAUAUUUGCUUUGAAUACAACUUGUUGAGAAACUAAACGGCUUUUCUAAGGCUCAGGGAAGCAUAACAUGGGAUAAAAGCUAAAAAUUAUGACAAGGUUGAAAAGCUAUUUCAGAGAUGCCUUAUGAAGGUUUUGCACAUUGAUUUAUGGAAGUGUUAUCUUUCAUACGUUCGAGAAACUAAGGGUAAACUGCCAAGUUACAAAGAAAAAAUGGCUCAAGCAUAUGACUUUGCACUGGAUAAAAUUGGAAUGGAAAUUAUGUCUUAUCAGAUUUGGGUGGAUUACAUUAAUUUCUUAAAAGGCGUGGAAGCUGUUGGAUCUUAUGCAGAAAACCAGAGAAUAACAGCUGUCCGAAGAGUUUAUCAACGAGGUUGUGUUAAUCCAAUGAUCAAUAUUGAACAACUCUGGAGAGACUAUAACAAGUAUGAAGAGGGUAUCAAUAUUCAUUUAGCUAAAAAAAUGAUUGAAGAUCGGAGUCGAGAUUACAUGAAUGCUAGGCGUGUAGCAAAGGAAUAUGAGACAGUAAUGAAAGGUUUGGACCGUAAUGCUCCCUCAGUGCCUCCUCAGAAUACUCCCCAAGAAGCCCAGCAGGUGGAUAUGUGGAAGAAAUACAUACAGUGGGAAAAGAGCAACCCUCUUCGUACGGAAGAUCAGACGCUUAUCACAAAAAGAGUUAUGUUUGCUUAUGAACAGUGCCUGCUUGUACUGGGCCAUCACCCUGAUAUUUGGUAUGAAGCUGCCCAGUAUCUUGAACAGUCAAGUAAACUGCUUGCAGAAAAGGGGGAUAUGAAUAAUGCCAAAUUAUUUAGUGAUGAAGCUGCUAAUAUAUAUGAAAGAGCCAUAAGCACUUUAUUAAAGAAGAAUAUGCUUCUUUAUUUUGCAUAUGCAGAUUAUGAAGAGAGUCGCAUGAAGUAUGAGAAAGUUCACAGUAUAUAUAACAGACUUUUGGCAAUUGAGGAUAUUGACCCCACCUUGGUAUAUAUCCAAUAUAUGAAAUUUGCGAGAAGAGCAGAAGGUAUCAAAUCUGGAAGAAUGAUAUUUAAAAAAGCAAGAGAAGAUACCAGAACCCGCCACCAUGUCUAUGUUACUGCAGCACUCAUGGAGUAUUACUGUAGUAAGGACAAAUCUGUUGCCUUUAAAAUUUUUGAACUGGGUCUAAAGAAAUAUGGAGACAUUCCAGAAUAUGUGUUGGCCUAUAUUGACUAUCUUUCUCACCUCAAUGAGGACAAUAAUACACGAGUUUUGUUUGAACGCGUUUUAACAUCUGGAAGCCUUCCUCCAGAGAAGUCUGGAGAAAUCUGGGCCCGAUUUCUAGCUUUCGAAAGCAAUAUCGGUGAUCUAGCUAGUAUACUGAAAGUGGAGAAGAGACGGUUUACAGCAUUCAAAGAAGAGUAUGAAGGCAAAGAAACAGCUUUGCUGGUGGACAGAUACAAGUUCAUGGAUUUAUAUCCUUGCUCUGCAAGUGAACUAAAAGCGCUUGGUUAUAAGGAUGUCUCCCGGGCUAAGCUAGCAGCUAUAAUUCCAGACCCAGUUGUAGCUCCUUCUAUAGUGCCUGUUCUGAAAGAUGAAGUGGAUAGAAAACCAGAAUACCCUAAACCAGACACUCAGCAGAUGAUUCCAUUUCAGCCACGACAUUUAGCACCACCAGGCUUACACCCGGUCCCCGGUGGUGUAUUCCCAGUACCACCUGCAGCCGUCGUUUUAAUGAAACUUCUCCCUCCUCCCAUCUGCUUCCAGGGUCCUUUUGUACAAGUGGAUGAACUGAUGGAGAUUUUCCGAAGAUGCAAGAUACCAAAUACUGUGGAGGAAGCUGUGAGGAUCAUCACCGGCGGCGCCCCGGAGCUGGCUGUAGAGGGCAAUGGCCCGGUGGAAAGCAACGCAGUACUCGCCAAGGCCGUCAAAAGGCCCAACGAGGAUUCAGACGAAGAUGAAGAAAAGGGAGCUGUCGUCCCUCCUGUUCAUGACAUUUACAGAGCGCGGCAGCAGAAGCGAAUUCGGUGAAGCCGGCUCCAGUCCUGCCUCUGAAAGGAAACUUAUCCAGGAUUCCCUUUUUGCCUCUUAAGUCAUAUGUUUAAAAGAGACAAUGCUUUGUUACAAGGUCCUUGGAAACAAAGUUGUAUUAUCAUUGGUGCCUCUAUCAUAUGGUUCUUGAGAAAAAACAAACCAACCUGUGUGAAAUUUAGAAUACAGAACAGACCUAUGCUCUAAGCAAAAUUAGGUUUUCAAAAAUGUGAGAACAGCACAAAAUGGCAGAACCACAUUUUGUUCCCUCUUCAAGGGUGUCUUGUAUGUGCCGCUUGAAGACUUGUGAGUUUUCAACAGUUUUAUUUUAAAAACUGGAUGGCUUAUGAUUGUAAAGCAUUUUAUCACAUUUUCUGAAAACAGUUGUUCUCUGUUUGCUUAUGUAGAGUCCUGCCUUAUUGUUUGUUUUUAUUUAUGGCAGAAUGUAUGGAAUCUGUUUUGUAGUUUAAAAUUUUAAAACAAUCCUUUAAAAAAUAAAAGGAUCUCAAAAAUGUCAUGCCUCCCGCUGCU